AUGUCCGAGAAGAAGAGAAUGAAGAGCCUCGAGGAGGUGGAAGUCGAGCUCGAAUAUUUUGGCUUGAGUCGACAAUCCGCAGCUGCUAUGGUCAGACUUGCGAAUAACCUCAAGCAAGUCAGAAAGCUUCGAGCCGCACACAUCGAGCUCUUGGUGCCCGGCAGACGACUGCAUCCUCCCUCGCCGCUCGGCCAGAUCGUCUGGAAUCAAGGCGAGCUCGAGAUCGAGAUCGAAAUCAUCGAGAAGCUUGAGGGCCAAAAUGGCCAUGACAACGAGCCAGAGCAGGCAUCUCGCAACGAGGCAUCCGGUUCGGAAGCUACCACGGACAUGAAUGUCACCGAAGGCGCUGUUUUAUCGAGCGUAGAAUCAGCCACUCUGGACAAUGUCACAUCCAGCCUCGAGAACCUUUCGAUCCCACAAAAUACUUCCCCCUCUCCGCCAGAGCGCUCGGCCGAUAUUCUUGCUAAGGAAGCUGAAGGAGAAUACGACCCAUACGAUACCCCCCACAACAGGGACGAUUUCAGAUGGUGGUGA